AUCUUUUGCUUAUUCUCUUACUCUUCCUAUGUAACAAAUGAGGAAAGUAAAAGGGAGAGAUCAGAUUUGAUUUCUUUUUCCAUUUUUGUUUAGAUCUUAGGGUUUCUGAAUAAUGUAUCCCUCCAGAAGAAGAUUAUCUCUUUCCAGAGCCAUUGAUCAACAACCGGAAGAUCAAUCAGGAGUCCAAGAAAAGAGUUGCAGAUUCUUAGGAGCAAUGAGAAUCACAGAGAUCUUAGCUUUGUUCAUGGUUUUAGUCCCUGUCUCGCUAGUAAUCGUAGCCAUGUUUGGAUAUGAUCAAGGAAAUGGCUUUGUACAAGCAUCUAGAUUCAUAACAAUGGAACCAAAUGUGACAUCCUCAUCAGAUGAUUCAUCACUAGUGCAGAGAGAUCAAGAACAAAAAGAUUCUGUAGAUAUGUCUCUGCUUGGAGGGCUACUUGUAUCUGGUUUCAAGAAAGAGUCUUGCUUGAGUAGAUACCAAUCUUACCUCUACCGUAAAGCUUCACCGUAUAAACCUUCGUUGCAUCUACUUUCGAAGCUUAGAGCUUACGAAGAGCUUCAUAAAAGAUGUGGACCGGGAACAAGACAGUAUACCAAUGCAGAAAGAUUGCUUAAACAGAAACAAACAGGUGAGAUGGAAUCACAAGGAUGCAAGUAUGUUGUUUGGAUGUCGUUUAGCGGAUUAGGAAACAGGAUUAUCAGUAUUGCUUCUGUGUUUCUGUAUGCAAUGUUGACAGAUAGAGUCUUGCUUGUUGAAGGAGGGGAACAGUUCGCGGAUUUAUUCUGCGAACCGUUCCUCGAUACCACUUGGUUACUACCGAAAGAUUUCACCUUAGCUAGUCAGUUCAGUGGCUUUGGUCAAAACUCAGCUCACUGCCAUGGAGAUAUGCUGAAGAGGAAACUGAUUAAUGAAUCCUCUGUUUCGUCUCUGUCUCAUCUCUAUCUUCAUCUAGCUCAUGACUACAAUGAGCACGACAAAAUGUUCUUCUGUGAAGAAGAUCAAAAUCUCUUAAAGAAUGUUCCUUGGUUGAUCAUGAGGACAAACAACUUCUUUGCACCGUCUCUUUUCUUGAUUUCUUCUUUCGAAGAAGAGCUCGGUAUGAUGUUUCCCGAGAAAGGAACGGUUUUUCACCAUUUAGGUCGUUACCUUUUCCAUCCUUCAAAUCAAGUCUGGGGACUAAUCACAAGAUACUAUCAAGCUUACUUAGCCAAAGCUGAUGAAAGGAUUGGUCUUCAAAUAAGAGUCUUUGAUGAGAAAUCCGGCGUAUCUCCUCGAGUCACAAAGCAAAUCAUUUCGUGUGUUCAAAACGAGAAUCUGUUACCGAGACUAAGCAAAGGUGAAGAACAAUACAAGCAGCCAUCAGAAGAAGAGUUGAAACUCAAAUCUGUCUUGGUCACCUCUUUAACAACAGGAUACUUUGAGAUCUUGAAAACAAUGUAUUGGGAAAAUCCAACUGUAACAAGAGAUGUGAUUGGAAUACAUCAGCCAAGUCAUGAAGGACAUCAACAAACAGAGAAGCUAAUGCAUAACAGGAAAGCUUGGGCAGAGAUGUACUUACUCAGCUUAACGGAUAAGUUGGUUAUUAGUGCUUGGUCUACAUUUGGUUAUGUAGCUCAAGGACUUGGAGGAUUAAGAGCUUGGAUUCUGUAUAAACAAGAGAAUCAAACCAACCCAAAUCCACCUUGCGGUAGAGCUAUGUCACCAGAUCCUUGUUUCCAUGCUCCUCCUUACUAUGAUUGCAAAGCAAAGAAAGGAACUGACACUGGUAAUGUUGUCCCGCAUGUUAGACAUUGUGAAGAUAUUAGCUGGGGACUUAAGCUUGUUGACAACUUUUAGAUAAUCAACAUUGUAAUGUUUCCUUUUUUUCUGAAUGUUUCAGUUGAUAUUAAAAGAUAGAAGAAC